UGACGGUCGUCGUCGUUGUUGCGGUGGACGGUCGGUCACGUAUAUAUAUUAUUAUAAUAAAAGACGUUCGCGGCGGUGUACCUAUACUACGUGCACCAGUCGUACAUCGCCGCAGUGUAACAGUGAUCGGUCAAUCGUACGAAUCAUUAUUAUUUCAAUCAUUACGUGUGGUCCGUCGGUAUUAUAAUAAUAUUAUAAUCUAUUAAGUACAUAAUAUUAUACGCUUGUCCGCGGUACCUAUAUAACAUAAUAUUGUAUUAUAAUAUUAUAUAGGUGCUGCAACUUGCAUAAGUCGUAGUGCUGGACGAAAUUUCGUAUUUUGUUUUUCAUACUAUUAUUAUAUUUAAUUCUCAUUUUUACCGUACCGAUUACUACGCACACGCGCGGACACAUACCUAUAAACGUUUUAUAUUUGUAUAUACUAUAAUAGUAUAAUGUGCCAGCUAUAAAUAUAGGUUUACCAAUACAGCAGAAUCCUUCAGCUGACCCGCCGGCCAAACGACAUAAUAAUAUUACUAUAUCAUGGAAGUCGAUGAAAAUACGUACUUACAACAUAAACGAAUGAAAGUGUAUAGCUUGGAAACUAAUUCUAUCGUCGAGAGAAAAUGGUUUCUAGACCUGUUGACGUGCAUGUUCGGCGUGGGUGCUUGGAUACUGGUCAACAGUCUGUACACGCAGCUGCCAUUGCUCGUGCAGACCGCGCCCGAGGGAUGGAACUUGCCGUCGUACUUGUCGAUUGCCAUACAAACCGGAAACGUGGGCCCGCUGCUGUAUGGCGCCUGGCGCCGGAGAUAUGGCAACCGGUACGACAGGCCACUGACGAUCGCCGUGCUCAUUUCCGGGGUGGCGUCUGUGUUCCUGAUGGCCGGGUUCUAUGACGUGACGGGCUCAGUGUUCGGCCAAAUGCACAGCGUCGUACUAUGUGCGCUUACGUUCACCAUGGCGCUGGUCGGGUGUACUAGUUCCGUUCUGUUCAUACCAUCGCUGGGCCGAUAUCCGGACAUAUACCUGGUCACGUACAUGGUCGGCGAGGGCAUCAGCGGUUUCGUGCCCAGCGCGGUCGCUAUCGUCCAGGGCGUGGGCACCACCACUUGUCGGUCGGUAGUGGAGCCGGAUGGGCAGACAUCCGAGGUGAAGUCGACGACUGACGCACUCUUCUCGAGCGGCCCGUUUUUCGUCGGCAUCGGGGCAAUAAUGUGUGCGAGCACGGUGUCGUACCUGUGCUUGGAGUACUUGCCGACCUGCAAGAGAGAAAAGAUCCGGACGCCGCCGGACGACGAAGGCCACCAGACGAUCGGCGUCGGCGGCACCGACAACCGCAGCCGUCAUCUAAACGUUUCGCUGCUGGCCGUGCAAGGCGUGAUCGUUUUCUUCGCCAACGGACUGUUGCCCAGCAUUCAAUCGUUCUCGUGUCUGCCAUACGGAUACAUGGCGUAUCAUUUCGCGACAAACCUGUCAAACAUUGCCAACCCCGUGGCUUGUUUCGUCGCUUAUUAUACGAAUCGAACGUCCAAAACUGUAAUUUACAUGCUGUGCAGCGUUUGCUUAGUGUCCACAGUGUACAUGCUGAUGACCGCAUUUAUGAGUCCAUCGCCUCCAUUGCGCAAUUCAACCACUGGAAUAGUCUUAAUAGUAAGUAAAAAAAAAAACAAAACAAUUCGUAGUUAUACGUCGAUUCUAACCUAACCAGCGUACCACCAUUUUGAAAAUUUUCACGUACCCCUUGAUUUACUCUAACCACUAUAAAAGAAAAGCUUCUUUGUUUGCUUAUCUAAAUAUAAACGUUAUUCUAAAUGUAGGUACGGAGUCUUUAAUUAGGAACUACAUAAUUUUGAAAAAUAAACAUUUAAUGCUCAAAAGUAGAAUGAAAUAUAAAUAAUAAUUAUUUUUAUUAUUAUCCACUAUAAUAUAGAUUUAGCGUGGAGUCUAGGAUAUAGGAAUUUUAAGUUAGCAGAAUUUUUUUCACGACGGCUAGCUGGUUGUCAAGGUUGAUUAUUUUUGUUAACCAUCUUUAUUAGAUACUUAUCGUGAUAUACAGUUUAUUCCUUAAGUGUUUGCAUUUUAUUAAUUCCAUAAUGAAGCUGAUGACCACUACAGGGUUCGGAU